GCAAAGGAGGAGGCAAGUGCAGGAGGCUCGUCACUGAACGGGACUGCGAGUAAAUAAACAGCAGAGCAGCAAAAGCGCGCUUUGGCCGCGAGAAAGAAGAGACGCAGCCGCGCUCCGUGUGUCGCAUCGAAAAGGAAUAACCAGACUGAAGAAACCCCAAGAGGAGGAAGAAUCAGACAUAUACCCAAAGAGGAAUACGAGAAAGGAUAUUUGGGUUACUCUGGUGUGGACGUGCCCUAAGACUGUGUGAGAGGGGCAGGGGCAGACCACAGUGACGCACGAUGAUGGGGUUGGAGAUGAGGAGUUUGGUUGCAGCGCUGCUAGUGUUGAUCUUGGGACAUUUCACCUCAGCUCUGGAAGUCCCUUUAGACCUUCUGCCAGGAUUGCCACAGCCUCCGACAAUAACUCAACAGUCCCCAAAGGACCACAUUGUGGAUCCUCGAGAGAAUAUUGUUAUUUAUUGUGAAGCAAAGGGGAAGCCGCAUCCUAGUUUCUCUUGGACGAAAGAUGGGACUCACUUUGAUGUCAACGAGGACCCUAGUGUGACAAUGAGGCCUAAUUCAGGGACUCUAGAGGUGGACAUCACAAGAGCACGACCUGAAAAUUUUGAGGGUGUGUUUCAGUGCACGGCGAGGAACAAAUAUGGAGCUGCUGUAUCCAACAAAAUCGUCGUCAGACAGUCAAAAUCCCCCUUGUGGUCAAAGGACAAAAUCAAGCCAAUUGUGGUUAAGGAGGGUGUUUCCUUGGUGCUGCCAUGCCAACCCCCUGCAGGACUUCCACCUCCCAUCAUAUUCUGGAUGGACAAUAAUUUCCAGAAGCUUCCUCAGAGCAAGAGGGUGUCUCAAUCCCUGAACGGCGACCUGUACUUCUCCAACGUUCGCAGAGAGGAUUCUAGAAGUGACUACAUCUGCUAUGCUCGCUUCACACACACACAAACCAUCCAGCAGAAACAGCCUAUCACUGUCAAAGUGCUCACCAUGGAUGAAAUCAAUGACACAAUGGCAGAUUAUUAUAAUUUCACUGAAAUGGUGUUAAAUGAGGCCCCAGUGGAUGAGAGGAAGCCAACCUUUCUCAUCCCAUCUGGCCACUCGAGCUCCAAGAUGGUGCUGAAGGGACACGUACUGGAGAUGGAGUGCAUUGCCGAAGGACUGCCCACCCCUGAGGUAUCCUGGACCAAAGUGAGCGGAGACCUCCCCGGUAGCCGCACAUCCUUCCUGCACUUCAACAAGACCCUGCAGAUUGUGAACGUGUCUGAAUCAGAUGCUGGAGAUUACCGCUGCUCAGCCAAGAACCAGCACGGCGCUGCGCACCACAUCAUCAGUGUCGUGGUCAAAGCGACUCCUUACUGGAUCAGUGGGCCUCCAAAGAAUCUUGUUCUGGCUCCAGGAGAGAAUGGAGUGCUGACCUGCAGAGCUAAUGGCAUACCUAAACCCUCCAUCUUGUGGUCAAUAAAUGGUGACCUUAUCGAGAAUUCACCUAAAGAUAUCAGCAGAAAGGUGGAAGACGACUCAAUCAUCUUCACUCAAGUCAGGGUCGAGUCCAGCGCUGUGUACCAGUGCAACAUCUCCAACCCAUAUGGCUACCUCCUGUCCAACGCUUUUGUAAACGUCCUUUCUGAGCCACCAAGGGUGCUGACUCCAGCAAACAAAGUCUACCAGGUUAUCGAAAAUCGCCCAGCCUUUCUGGAAUGCUCCUCGUUUGGGUCACCCAUUCCUAAAAUUGAUUGGUUUAAAGACCGUAAAUCUGGCAUCCUGGAUGGAGAUGAUUACAUCCUGCAUGACAACGGUACUUUGGAGAUUCAAGUAGCCCAGGCUCAGCACAAAGGCAAAUACACCUGCGUUGCCAAUAACUAUCUUGGUAUUUCUGAGAACCAUGUUUACCUGGAUAUUAAAGAACCUACCCGAAUCCUCAAGCAACCGGUUGACAAGGUGGUCCAAAGAGGCGGCUCUGUGCUGUUUGAGUGCAUAGUGAAACAUGACAAGGACCUCGUUACCACCGUCACUUGGCUUAAAGACGGUGAAGAGCUGCUAGAUGAUGAGCGGUUAGACCUUUUUUUAAAGCUUGGAUACAUCAUUGAAAAACCUGCGUUUAGUUCUCAACUAGUAAAAUGUUUGAAGUUGCACUUUUUUUUAUCUUGCAGAUUCAUUGUGGAGUUUGAGAGCCUGUCUAUCACUGAUAUAUCAGAGAGUGAUGCUGGGUCCUACACAUGUGUCGUAAAUAACACCCUCGACCAUGAUUCAGCCACUGCUGAGCUAUCUGUUGUUGAGCUUACUCCACCUCCAGCUGUCGUUCACGGGCGACCCGACCCCCCCACAGACCUGGAGCUGACAGACCAUAAAAAGAGAAGCGUUCAGCUAACAUGGAUCCCUGGGGAGGAACAUAACAGUCCUAUUCAGGAAUUUGUAAUCCAGUAUGAAGACUCUCUGCACCGCCGAGGACAUUGGCAUGACCUUGCAAGGGUUCCUGGGACCAGGACAACAGCUCAUCUCAAACUGUCCCCAUAUGUCCACUAUACCUUCAGAGUGUUGGCCCGUAAUGCUGUGGGUCUGAGCGAGCCCAGCAGCCCCUCUCGGAUGUAUAAAACUGAUCCUGCAGCUCCUGAUCAGAACCCUAAAGGUGUACAUGGUUCUGGAACUGAGCAUAACAAUCUUGUUAUCACUUGGGAGCCUCUUACAGGCCUUCAUUCUAACGGUCCAGGACUUCGCUAUAAAGUAAGUUGGAGGCACAAGCGGCCGGGCACUGACUGGACUACAGUGACCGUGGCCAAUAACUCCAAGUUUACUGUGUCUGGAACGCCAACAUUCAGUCCAUAUGAGAUUAAAGUUCAGGCUGUAAACGACCUCGGAGAAGGACCAGAGCCUGCUGUUGUCAUUGGCUACUCAGGAGAGGACUUGCCAACAGCAGCUCCAGCAAAUGUUCAGGCUGUAGUGCUAAACAGCACUCUGGUAGAGCUUCGAUGGGAUCCUGUGCCUUCUCAUUUAAUACGAGGGCACAUCCAAGGAUACAAGAUUAACUACUGGAGAAAACAUCAUAAACAUAACUCUGAUCAGAUGGAGCAGCGCAUCCUGACCUUUAGUGGGAACCAGAGCCGCGGGAUGCUGCCUGGCUUGCACCCUUUCAGCCACUACUCAUUCGAAGUGAGGGUUUUUAACAAGAAAGGGGACGGCCCCGCGAGUAAAACACAACAGUUUAAGACACCUGAGGGAGAGCCUGGCCCCCCAGCAUCACUGUUGGUCACAAACCCAAGCCUAGAUUCUUUAACCCUUGAAUGGAAUCCUCCUCGUGAACAUAAUGGGCACAUCACAGGCUACACCCUCAGAUAUCAGCCAGUCAAUAACUCCAAUGAAUUGGGCCCAGAAGAGGAGCUGGCCUUGGCUGCCAAUGAGACCUCAGUCACUUUGCAAAACCUCAAGUACAGCCCCCGCUACAAGUUUUAUUUGAAUGCCAGAACAAGCGCUGGAGCGGGCCCGGCCAUUUUUGAGGAAGCUGUCAUGCCGGAUAAAGGGAGCACCCAAACCUCUCAUCCCGUUGCUUUGGCUCCACACCGUCCGAUCCACAAGGCCCGGCCUGCGAGUCCAUUUGCAAAUGUUAGCUCCUCGCUUGAAGAAGAUGGGGCCCUGAUCAGUUGGGAGUACUGGGGCCCAGAGAAAAAUGUUUAUGUAGAGUACAUUGCAGAAAACAGUGAAGGUGAAGAGGAGUGGCAGAAAGAGCUUGUGAACGGCUCUCAGAACAUUAAGCUGAAAGGCCUAAAGGGGGGCCACUCCUAUAGGGUGCGUGUGGUGGCUAAGGGUCACCAUGAGCAGCCGCUCCACUCCGAGGAGCUGUUUGUCACGGUCCCAGCUGUGUCCAGCAGACAGGUAGACAUUGCCACUCAGGGAUGGUUCAUCGGCCUUAUGUGUGCCAUUGCCCUGCUCAUCCUGAUCCUUCUUAUUAUCUGCUUCAUUCAGAGGAAUAAAGGAGGGAAGUACCCUGUUAAAGAGAAGGAAGAUGCACACACAGACCCAGAGUUCCAGCCAAUGAAAGACGACGACUGUACUUUUGUGGAAUACAGUGACAAUGAGGACCAUAAACCGCUAAAAGGGAGCCGAACGCCGUCUAAUGGGACGGUUAAGAGAGAGGACAGUGACGACAGUUUAGUUGACUACGGGGAAGGAGGAGAUGGGCAGUUCAACGAAGACGGCUCCUUUAUUGGCCAGUAUAGCGGAAAGAGUUCCAGCAGGGACAAUGAUGAGGGCCCUGAGAGCGCAGGGGCCCCAUCACCGCUUAAUGCCAUGAACUCCUUGAACUCUUUUGUGUAGCCGGUCAGUCUUAACAGACCAGUGUUAUGUGGUUGCUGCUUUCCUGCAAUGGCAACAUCUUCUUUUAGCGAGCGGGGAAGGCUGGGUUGUCUCACAAGGCUGCAUGGCUUCAUGAUCACGCAUUUCAGAGACUUCCACACAUGGCACAAAAACUUGGAGAAGUUGGACUUAAUAGCUGAAUUGUAUGAUACUGAUUUUGAUAUGUUUUUACUGUAAGACAUAAACUGUUAAUGAUUUUACAUUAAUUAACUCGCAUUGCAUCUCCCAAUAAGCGUCACGUGAACAAUGCAGUGCUUUUAUGGAAUAUAUAUUAUAAGCUGGUAAUGAUUUUUUGGCUACAAUCAAACUGUGUUAAAUGUCUAUACUAAAAUUUAAGAAUAUGAACUUGUCACCAUGCAAUGCACUGCUGUAAAGUAUGUGCUACAUUCAGUUUGCAAAUGCAUGUAUAAUCCAUCUUUCACGCUCUUGUGCAUCUGCUAGCCUAAUGACUUAGGUAUGAGAGUACAAUGCCCUGUAAAAGUAUUCACACACCUUAAGAAUAUUUACUUUUCAUCAGAUGGAGACAUUAAAUUUUACUGUUUUAUUUGGGAUUGUAUGUGAUACACCAACACAAAUGGAUUGUGAAAUACAUUUUCCCUUUUCUUUUUUUUCCCUACAAAUAUGAUUCUCAAAAGUGUCCAGUAGAUUUGAAUCUAUACCGUUAGAGUUCCUAUUUUUUUAAUCAGCUUAAGCAGUGCAAGUCUUUACCGAGUUUCUACGUCUGGAGGUUGAAAUGUUUUAAAGUACAGUGAGAGAAUCUGUGGAGAGAAAUUUUGUAACUAAAACUGAACACACAUGCUUUUUCAACUGAAAAAGCUUCCUGGAUGGGAAGCGAAACGUCUUCAAACUUGGAAACCAAGUCCACUGGAUUGUUUUUAACUUUUUUGGAAUGACUAUGACCUGGAUGACUGAGAAUCUUUAACAGCAAACUAGGAUUACCUUCCCCAUUCCAAAGAUAAGGUUUUACAGCCUAAUCCUGCUUUAUACUUUACGUCAGGCAUCCCCAAAGUCGGUCCUCGAGGGCCGCUGUCCAGCAGGUUUUAGAGGUUUCCCUGCUCCAACACAGCUGAUUUUAAUUGAAAGCUGAUUAACAGGCUGUUGCUCAAGUUCAAUCAUCAUAAUCAGCUGUGCUAAAGCAGAGAAACCUCUAAAACCUGCAGGAUAGCGGCCCUUGAGGACCGACUUUGGGGAUGCCUGCUUUACGUUAUCCAUGGCCAGUUUACAGGUAUAGUCUUACAAAUUAGGUGGCUUAUUAAAGUUGCAGCAGAUUAUUUAGGAAAAGCAGCGUAAAGGAUGUUAAGAACAAAAGCAAAACACCAUUUUUUAAUCAUCUACUGCUUCCUGUUGGUCUCUCACAUAAAAUUCCAAUUAAUUAAUCUGUGGUUGUAACUUGACAAAACGAGGGAAAGUUACCUACAAAAGUAAAAACUGGAUUUAGCUUUGCAUGUUUCAUGCCAUCAUUAUAUGUUUUAAUUUUCUUCCUCCUGCAUGUGACCUCCUGUUAUUCAGCUCUAUCUUGAGGCCAGAAGUGAAUACUGAAGGUGUGGAAGCUUGCAGGGCUCCUUCAGCAGCCAGUGCCUUUCUAAAACAGUGACUCAUUUCUGUACAAAAUUCUGCUGAGUUUUUUGAGCGGAGGCAGUAACUGGAAUUGUGCAACAUGUAUCUAAUUAGGUAAUUGUCACUAGCAUGAAGGAAAACCUGAUAAAUUCAAAUCUAAUUAUGUUUUAAAAUGCAGGACUGGCUUCAUACUUCAUUUGAAUCAGAUCACGCUUAUGGGGCAUCAGAGAUGCUAUUGAUUGUAUUUCUGCCAUGUUUGAAUGUAUUUAGAUCUUUGUGAAUGCGUGUGAGUAACUGUGGAUGCCUGACAUUUAAUUUCAUUUGAACGAGAGUUAUUGUGAUGUACUAACUCCACUUGAGGGCCUUUGGAUGGAAUCAAGGUUUUGUUUUUCUUAACUUGCAUCAAGUUUUAUUUUUAAAACACUUAGCUGAUUAGUUUUUGAUGACUUUGUAAAUACAUAAAUUGAUUGUACAGCGACAAGCAGAAUCUGAGUGGCAAUAUUGUGCAUGAUAUGGUUUCAUUUGUUUAUUGGACUGUAUUGGAUAUAGACCCCUUGUAGAGAAUAUAUAUUCAGCUACGCCAUUUUUUUAUUGCUGUGCAAAGUUUAAAUUUUAAUUAACUAACUGGACUGAAUUGUUCUUAUAAAUGCUUUUUUUUCUGACAAAUACAACAUUAUAAUGCACAGGCUGAUAUCUGUAUUUAAACUGGUUGUAAUGGUUUGUAUCAUACUUCUGUAAGGAUUUUUUUUCCCGUUUUGUUUCAAGUAUCUAAGAUGUUUUCUAUUUUAGAGCCAGAUUUUUACUAACAAAUAUUUCAUUCAGCUAUUUAAGUUGUUAUUCACUUCACUGCUGGUUUGACUUUCAGACGACAGGAAAUACGAUGCAUAAAUAAAUAAUUUGCUUUAAUUUUUCAGACUUAUGCUGUCUUUAAUAAAGAAAACACCUUUUUAGGGAGUCU